AUGGCAAAACCUAAGCACAAAAAGUUUAGUGACAACGACCCUGUCGAAGUUAUAGCAGCCCCAGAGCCAGAGCCAGAGAGGAUACAAGAGGACGAAGAUGAGAGCUCGGAUGACGAUGCCCCAGAGGAAGUUGGCGCCGAAGCUGCGCAGAGUAAAGCUCUAGGAGCUGCACGCGAAGCUGCGAAGGCGGCAGAACAAAAAGAAGCAGCUGAGCGCCAGAAGCGCAAAGACCGUGACGCGCAGCUAAAAGCACAAGCUAAGGCCGCCAAGAAGCGGAAGCACGCAGAAGAGGAACUUGAUGAGUCCGCCACCAUUGAGAACUCAAGCAUAACCGUCGAGCCGGUAGGACGGGCAUCAAAGGCCAGGUUCGACCGCACAACUCUCCCGGAUCUGCUUCCGGAAGAUUUCCUGGAAGAUGCCAGCUCGGAGGACGAGGCUCCAGUGCAAGUUGAGAAGUCGCGAGUGUCGAAGAAGAUAAAGUUCGCUUAUGAGGAGAACAAACCGAAGGACAAGAAGCUGGGAUCAACCACGUAUCGCGUGGCGCAGUUGGAGAAGGCGGGGUUUGCACCGAAGGUGUCUCGCAAUACUCUAUCCGUGCAGGCAAGUCUUCAGGGAGGGCGCAAGGGGCAGGUCAGGAAGCCUGUUUCGAGGGAAGAAUAG